UUUUGCCCCCUUAAUGUAUCUCCCGCCUGAGCUGAGCUGCAGCAGCAUUACAAUUUCUCAUGCAGUAUAAGCCAUUUACACCAAGGUGCCGCCGCACGAACAGGAGUGGAGGGAGGACGUUGCGGCUUCAUGUUUUCUUUUAGCCUUUUUUUCCGCUUCUUGUCUUUUAGCACACGUUUAUAUUGAAUGUGAAGCUUUGUAAUACAUCUCAAAGCCAUAUUUAUUUUUGUUCAUUAUAGCAUCGCUUGCGAAUGUCGUGAAUCAUUUCCGUUAUGGAUGUGAGAUUUCUGGACCGCAACCGAACGGUUUGAAAGUGAGAAGAUGUGAAGAGCUUUUACAAGCGUAUUUUCUACAACAAAACGGAAUCGAGGGUGCAUUACUGACAGGAGACUGCCGGCAGAAGACGCAUUCCUUCAGUAGCGAGAGGCAGCCGUAGUGGAUGCAGCGGAAAGGAGCGAUGGUCGAAUCAGUGACAACCGCAGUGGGGCCACACUGAGGAAAGAUCAAGUUAUACCCUAUACCCCCGGGUUCGAGCUAGAUUUGAGGGUCUGGAAACGGAGAAAAGGAAGCGAAGGAAAGCGACACCUUUGGGAGGGCAGUUGGAUGUCUACUCAAUUAAAUUAACUCCUGCGGAGCUCCAACUUUGACCUGCAGGAUGACAGUCGUGGCUGGGGACAACAUGGACGAGACCUCUGCCGUGCCGGGGCAUCCGCAGGACACGUACCCCCCUGACCACGACGAUCACGAAUGCUGCGAACGGGUGGUCAUCAACAUAGCAGGGCUGCGCUUCGAGACCCAGCUCAAAACUCUCGCCCAGUUCCCAGAGACUCUGUUAGGUAACCCAAAGAAGCGAAUGCGGUAUUUCGAUCCCUUGAGAAACGAGUACUUCUUUGACAGAAAUCGUCCGAGCUUCGACGCCAUCCUCUACUACUAUCAGUCUGGGGGGAGGCUGAGAAGGCCCGCCAACGUCCCGUUGGAUAUGUUUUCGGAAGAAAUUAAGUUCUAUGAACUUGGGGUCGAGGCCAUGGAGAAGUUUCGCGAAGACGAGGGCUUUAUUCGCGAGGAGGAGCGGCCCUUACCGGAGCGCGAGUUUCAACGGCAAAUCUGGCUUCUGUUCGAGCAUCCCGAGAGCUCGGGGGCGGCCAGAGGAAUUGCUAUCGUCUCUGUUAUGGUCAUUUUAAUUUCCAUUGUCAUUUUCUGUUUGGAGACUUUACCUGAACUGAAAGAGGACCCCCAGGGGCGAAUACAGACUAUAGGAAACACCACCUUCUACUACAAACCAAACAUCAUGGCCGAUCCCUUCUUCAUUGUGGAGACCCUCUGCAUCAUCUGGUUCUCGUUCGAGCUGAUAGUGCGCUUCUUUGCGUGCCCGAGCAAAGCGGCCUUCUUUAAGAACAUGAUGAACACCAUAGACAUUGUGGCCAUCAUCCCCUACUUCAUCACGCUGGGUACAGAGCUAGCAGAGGAACCGGACGGAAAGGAGGGGAAAGGCGAGCAGGCAACAUCACUGGCCAUCCUCAGGGUGAUCCGUCUGGUCAGGGUGUUCAGGAUCUUUAAGCUGUCCAGGCACUCCAAAGGCCUUCAGAUUUUGGGACAGACCCUCAAAGCCAGUAUGCGAGAGCUUGGAUUGCUAAUUUUCUUCCUCUUCAUUGGUGUCAUAUUGUUCUCCAGUGCUGUGUAUUUCGCAGAGGCAGAGGAAAAAGAGUCCUACUUCAGCAGCAUCCCGGACGCGUUCUGGUGGGCUGUCGUGUCCAUGACCACCGUAGGCUACGGGGACAUGGUGCCGGUGACUAUAGGGGGCAAGAUCGUGGGUUCCCUGUGCGCCAUCGCCGGCGUGCUGACCAUCGCCCUCCCCGUGCCUGUCAUCGUGUCCAACUUCAACUACUUCUACCACAGAGAAACCGAAGGAGAGGAGCAGGCCCAACUCCUCAACGUGAGUAACCCGAACAUCGCCUCCGAUUCCAACUCCAGCCGCCGCAGCUCCUCGACCGUCAGCAAGUCCGAGUACAUGGAGAUAGACGGAGACAUAAACAACAGCAUCGACAACUUCAGAGAGGCCAACCUCAGAACUGGCAACUGCACUAUCCCCAAUCAGAACUGUGUGAACAAAAGUAAGCUGCUAACCGACGUCUAGAGACACAGUAGAAACUUCAGUCACGUACAUAUGAAUGCUUACUUUACCUCCUCUCGUGAGCCCUUGCAAUGCGAAUAUCUCUACAAUGCAGACGAAAGAAACAUACUACACCAAAACGUAUUAGAACAUGACUGCGGCCCACGAUUCCGCAUACACUUAGUCUAACACAUUUCCAAAGAGGAUGAUUGAGAAAAAAAGCCUCCUCGAGCACCUAGCCAAUGCCACUGAAGGACUCUCGACGACGGGAUUACUAAAACAUCACGCAUGGACUGCAGACUACAUUUCAGCAAGCUGCACACUGCAUCCGGGAAAGGAAAGUGCGUAAAAGACCGAGUGCAGCGUUCGGUGGACGCCUCGUCCGUAGGUGGUCUUCCCAACUGACCAGCAAAGCACCUUAUAUGAACAAGACUUACCUUCUGCUGGGAUGCUACGGAGGCCAAGGUCAUCGCCUCAUGGACAUCCGCAUUGCUGCUAUUUUCCAGCAGAUGCUGUAAUUUAGAUAUCACCAAGUGAUUAAAUGCCAUGCCCUUUAGAUAUAAGACAGCACAAUGCCGAAAGAGGAGCCUCAUACUUAGCAUGUUUUGAUUAUCCUCAUUUUGAUAUUGGCAUGCGUCGGACAUUACCUCAUGAUGAUAGGAAAUCCAUUCCUGUUUCGCUUUUCUUUUGCGUUCGGCUCCAUCCGCUCCCCUCUCCAUCUCAUUCGUCGCCAUGAAAAGUGCACUAGUGUGUCAUGAUUUGAGAUGCUUAUCAUUUAGGUGUAUUUAAAGACUGAAUGUUUAACCUUACGGGAAACAGAAUCUUAAUGAUAUCAUAGCAUGUCAAAAGAACCUGCAUUAUGGCCUAAUCAACUAAGGUACUGUGUAUCCUAGUAUAUUUAAUGCAUGACGUCGGUAUAAUACAGCUUGUUGCAAUUGAGAUACCUCGUAAGGGUGUCGUUGUUACAAUCAGGGAAAACUAGGGACGUCGAUUCCUUGACAUUUUCUGAAAUGUGACAAAAUAUAUAUGCAAGCCCCAACGCUGGGAUGCAAACUUUUCAAUCUAAAACGUAGUCGAAGACACAGAAAAAGAUACUAUCAAAUGCAUAUACUCAUACUAAGCGCACCUGUUAAAAAAAAAAAAAAAAAUGAAUAUAACUUAAAUAGUGCAGUGCAUGGGCAUUCUCUCUCUCUCGAGGAAAAAAAAAAAGAGAAAACUAUGGGCAAUUAUACUUCACGCUUCCAUUUUGCGAUCAGAUUUAGGAUUUACGAUAUCAAAAGCCGCUUGAUUUAUCUUAGCAGGAUGCAAAAGAGAUCAUGGCAGAAUUACUCAUAUUAGUUGCUAGUGCCUUUGACCCUCUCAGCAACCGGACAGGUGAAAGUGCCUCUGAGUAACUGGAGUUUUAGGCAGGGCAAGGGAACAAUAUCUGCUCUAGAACUGUCAUAAUGUAUGUUGAGGCUGGUCAUUACAGUGUAUACAGAGUGCUUUUCAUUUUCAUUGUUGUUCUUUUGAACGUGACACGUGGUUUUCGGGCACAAACGCAAACCUUUUCUGUGUUUUCAUAUGACAGCUGAGCUCGAGUAUGAAAUCGGACAUACGACUUUCACACCUUUUAGAGUUUUCGAUCUGCCUUUCGUUGUGGUUUUUCGAUUAUGUUGUGCCAUAAUAAAGAGUCUACCUCAGUGAGGUCGCCGCACAGCUCACUGCAGAGCAGAACACGAGAGUACAUAACAGCCUGUGAAGUGUGAUGAUACGUCAGAAAUAAUACACUUAGAGUACCUCAGAAUUAGCCUUUUUUCAAGCACUUACAACAAAUGCAGCAAUGCGACCACCCCUGACCCCCUCGGAUCUGAAACGCUCCCUUGCUAAGCACAAUCAACACUCACUUUGGUUGUUUUUGAUGCUUUAUUAUUACAAAGAGAGAGAUCUGGGAUGAGAAAAGCACAGGCUUUCAUAUACCACAGGGUACAAUCGUUUACAUCGCUAAAAAUCUGUCAUUUUGAAGUAUGUCGUCUAAAAGACAUGUCUACUUAACCCAUUAAGACUAUAUUAAGUCUGCAGGUACUGUAAAGAACAAAUUUGAAUGCAGAUUUAUUAAGUGUACUGAUGACUUAAACAUUAAUGUGAAAUUGUGUGUUCAUGAGCCAUUUCAGUGCAUAGAGCUGCGUUUUCCUUGAUAAUUAAAAACACUUUAAAAUAGCCGCGAUUAAAUUAGUCUGUUUGGGGUAAUUUCAUUUAACAAACACAAGCAAGUCUGCCAGACUGGCUCGUAAACAAGUUGCCCGGUCAUGUGUUCUUUAUUGAUCCGUGAGGUGUGAUUGUAAUCAAAGGCAAGCAGCAGUAUUUUACCUAACGCUAACAUGGGUUUAGUCACCUCUGCCGCAGCUCUGUGUCAGGAAGAACUAUUCAGGGUUUUACAGUAUUAAUCUGCUUUUUGUUUAUAAUACAUAACAUUGCUUCACAGAAAAACAAAUGGGCUUAGCAAGCAAAACUCCCAUGGAAAUCAUGCAACUUAUUUUAUCACAAUACGAUAAAAAGAACCAUUGUUAAAUAAGGACGGACUGUUUCUACUGGGCGUGUGAGUGGUGAUCAAACCCUAUGGUGCUAUGCAUAAUCCUAUAUUUAAUAACUACACCAUAAAUCAUAGCAAUAGGGAAUAUUAGGUGUAUUACAGGACUGUCCAGAAUGCUUAUUUUAAUAUUCACCAAGGGCUGUGGCAAACUUUUGAUAAGAAUAGAGAUUUAAACCUAUUGUAAUGCCAGAGAAAAAUGAUUUCCAACAAUAGUAGUGUGUUGGCAAAAUUCAUAUUUCAUGUACUUUAUUUUAAGAGACUGUACUAGAACAAAAAAAUGUCCUCUUAAAGGGAUAGUUCACCCAAAUAUGAAAAUUACCCCAUUAUUUACUCACUUCAAGUUAUCUUAGGUGCAUAUGACUGUCUUUCAGAUACAAUUGGAGUUAUAUUAAAAAAUCUCCUGGCUCUUCCAAGCUUUAUAAUGGCGGUGAAUGGGUGUUAAGAUUUUAAAGCCCAAAAGUGCAUCCAUCCAUCAUAAAAAGUACUCCACAUGCCUCCAGGGGUUAAUAAAGGCCUUCUGAAGUGAAUCGAUGCAUUUUUGUAAUAAAAAUAUCCAUAUUUAAAACUUUAGUGUAUGCUAACUGUAGAAAAUGCGUUCGCGAGAGAGCGGUUAUAUUCCUGGUUAUGAAUGCGGAAGUGAUGAGUGACAAAUCAAAACACCAGUCACGAAUUAGAAGUACAAAACGAGCAUUUGUAAAGAAAAAGUUGGAGGAUUUCGACUGGUUUUCCUUUGUUGUAAACAAAAUGCUAGCAUACACGUUAGGCCUACGUCAUCCGCUGGAACGCCACUUUCUCAUGAACAUGCAUACGAUAGUGAGCGGGAGCUAAAGAUUAUAAGCUUGUAAAUAUGGAGAAGUUCUUUAUUAACCCCCUGGAGCCAUGUGGAGUACUUUUUAUGAUGAAUAGAUUUGCUUUAUUGGACUUCAAAAUUUCAACAGCCAUUCGCUGCCAUUAUAAAGCUUGGAAAAGCCAGGACUUUUUUGUAAUAUUAACUCCCAAUUGUAUUCAUCUGAAAGAAGACAGUCAUUUUCAUUUUUGGGUGAAGUGUUGCUUCCUGUCCCUGUUGAAGUGAAUUAUGAUAGUAGAAGUUAGUUUUGCCUCUGAUCUGAAGUGAGGACCAUUUAUGAGCUACUUUUUAAAUCAAUUAUGGCUUAGAGGUAGGUCUUUCAUCAGUUGAGUCUGUGAAGGUGUAAAUCCAUAACAUACAACAUACUUGGUUGUUUUUCUAUGUAUAACUUAGCAUCGCUCAGAAUUUCCUAACAAGCUAAAAUCGAAUUUAUUUCAAGAAAGGAUGAAAGAUGAAAUACACUGUAGUGGAAAAAUAACAAAAGAACUGACUGACGUGCCAUCAUUAUUACUAAGUAACCCGAUAUGAAAGCUAGUUGUCGAAAAAUGAGAAACCCUAGUUGUGCUCCCAGGUUGUGGCCUUUUGGAGGAUGUUGCAGACAUAUUUAUUUUCUUCACCUGCGUGGCCUCGUCUAGCUAUAUUACCAUGUUGCGUCCAUGUGGCACUAUAGUUAACUGUGCUUUAAACAACCCAUGCCCUUGAUAAAACUACAGUAGGCUCACAAACGAGUCCAUAAGACAAGCCAUUACAAAUAUAUAGGAAGAUUAUAGCUUGUAUUAUCGAUAUCAUGAAAUAAAUAAAAUAAAUGGCAUUAGCAUCGAAAAUGUACUGUACAUUGUACUUUUUUUGUAAUAACCUUAACUCCAUACCACCAUACCAAACCAAAACUCAACAGCAACCUAGCAAUUGCAAAAAUCUGCAUGGUGUAUGGAAGACUGCAUGAGCUUAGCCUUUCAAAACUGAGGAUCAACUAUAUUCUGGUUGCGUCAUUUUUUUAAGCCCUUGCUGUCAUUUGUUCCUAAAGCCAUCUUCAUUAUUUACACGCCAGUGUUGUUCCCUUUUGUUUCGGGAAAAAUUCUUUAAUCCGUCAAACUCCACUGAUUAGAUAUUUGCAUUCGGUUUAUUUAUUUCCAUUGGCUUCAUUUGAGGUUUUGCUGUUUGCUUUCAGGAUGCUGAAUGAUUAUAAUGUCAUGGAAGUGAUGCAUUUAACAAAACUUUUGAUUCCGCCAAAAAACUAUACAGUCCAUACAGUCAUUACUCUCAGCUACAUGUUUAUGUUAGACAGAUGAUGACUCCAUGUUAAUGUUUGUUCCAUGUACAUCUGGUCAAACUGUUCAUGUUGUCUCAACAUGUUUUCUGUCUUCGUUAUGCUGAAUUGUGUUACGAUGUUUUCAUUUUGUCGUACAUUGACAAAGGCAUGGUCUGUGAUCUAUGCAAGGGUUUUUUUUGUUUCUUAUGUCAAAUAUGAUUUGAUCAUACAUCCAAAUCAAUAAAUUUUUAAUUAUCA